AUGAGCUGCCUAUACACCUCAACAACGGGUUUAAAGAUGGCAGGAGAAGAAUCAGGAUGGUGUCUAAUAGAGAGUGACCCUGGUGUAUUUAAUGCAUUAAUAGAUAUGUUAGGUGUUAAGGGUGUAUCCUUUGAGGAAGUAUAUGGAUUAGAUAAGGAAGUAUUUGCUGCUCUUAAUUCACAAGAAAAUAAGAGGAAAAUAUUAGGGUUUAUAUUCUUAUUUAAUUGGCAAAGAGAUAGGAACAGCAGCAGCAGCAGCAGCAACAGUAAUAGCAGCAGCAGCAAUAGCAGCAGCAGCAAUAAUGCUACAGAUUCACAAGAUCCAGCUGCAGCAGCAACAGCAGCAGCAGCAGCAGAACCACCACCAGAUACUCUCUUCUUCCCUAAUCAGACAGUAGAGAAUGCGUGCGCAACGCAAGCAAUUCUAUCUGUCUUAUUAAAUCAAAGAAAAGAGAUAAAAAAUAUUGGCGAAGAUUUGAAGGGUUUAUGGGAAUUUAUUAAGGACUUUAAGGAUCCAACUAUGAGAGGAGAAGCUAUUGGAGGAUGGGCCCCGAUACAAAAGAGCGGAGAAGAAUUACGAUUUAAUUUAAUGGCGGUAACAACAAACCCUCUUGAACAAAUAGAAGAUGAAUUAAAAGAACAAAGGGAAGUUGCUGAAUCUGCUGCACAUCGACUAGAGAGCGAGGGUUUAGGAGCAGAGGAAGCAAAACAAUUAGAGGAGGCAAGACAAGCUGCCUUAUCUAAGAUAGAAGUUCUUGAGGAAUUAAAGGCACAAGAACAAGCAAAAAGAGCAGAAUGGGACCGAGAGAACGCGCGUCGUCGUCAUGACUUUACGCCAUUUGUUCUCUGCGCCCUCAGACAUCUUGCAAGAAAGGGAGAACUUGUUAAGGCUGUGCGGCGCGCUACUGCAGCAGCAGCAGCAACAGCAACAGCAGCAGCAGCAGCAGGAGGCAGCGAGAAGCAGACGGGAGCAUAA